AUGGACAAAGUUGUUAAUCACCCUGAUUCAAAUGUUAAAGAUUUGACAUUUCCUCAAGGCCUACCUUGGGGUAGUAGCAUGGAUCGGGCCUUAACUGUAGCUCAAUUAAGUCAUUUUGAUUGCGGAGGAAUAGCACUCAGUGUGUGCCUAUCACACAAAAUAGGAGACGGAAGCAGUGUCUAUUGUUUCUUGAGGGAUUGGGCUUCAUUAACUCGAAGUUCAAAUACAAUUAGACCAUCUCCUUAUUUUGUUGAGGACUCCAUUCUACCAUCGCCAAUUGGUCCAUUGGUUUACCCUGUUAUUGGAUCAGACAUGGACAAAUGUGUCCAAAAGAGGUUUAUUUUUUCUAGCACAAAGCUAAGUGCACUAAAAUCCGCAAUUGGCGUGCAAAACGUAACGACCAAUGAGGCUGUGAAUGCACUUCUCUACAAAUGUGCAGCAUUUUCUGUCACCAACGUUGAUUCUGGUUUGUUCAAGCGAUCUCGGUUGGUCCAGUACUCCGAUAUCCGAGAAAUGAUUUCACCACGGUUACCACCAAACUCCAUAGGAAAUAUCAUUACCAGAUUCUACUCGCCGGUAUACAACAACGAGGAAGAACUCAAGUUACCAAAACUAGUAGCCGAUAUAAGGAAGUCAAAAAACAACCUCGCCACAAGAAAUAAUCUUGAAGAAAAUGAAACGGCUAUGGUGAUUCUAGAUGCAUAUAGAACAGGGAAGGAGACUUUCCAUAAAAGGAAAUGUGAUGUGUACCUUUCGAGUAGCAUAUGUAAGUUCCCAAUAAUACAAGAUUUAGAUUUUGGAUUUGGGCAGCCAAUUAGAGCAAGCAUUGCAAAGGGUCCAAUUAACAAGGCUAUGAUCUUGAUGAGGACAUAUGAUGGAGGAAUUGAAGCAGCUGUUAACUUGAAUGAAGAAGAAAUGUCUGUGUUCGAGCAUGACGAGCAACUUCUUGAAUUUGCUACUCUUAUUGGUCAGAACUAUUAA